UGGGUGUCGGGGGGGGGGGGGAGAUGUGGUUGUGCAUCCCAAGUCCUUCUCUUUUCUCUAUUCUGUUCCUAGGACUCAGAACUCCAGCACUCACCACUUUUCUUCCUGAACAUCCUGAGUCUGAAUUUCAGUUCUAGAACGUUCCAAGGCAACUGCCCCUGCUGCAGUGCACAGACCUCUCCUAAUAGGAGAGCUUUCCCAGAGGCACCAUUGCCCUCAGAUCAAGAGCAUCCCGAAGCAGACAAGCAGCAGCCCUUCCUUGUCCCUGCUUGUGUGGACCUAGCUGGUCUUCUGAAGCAGUCGAGUUUGGAGAAAGACCAAGGCUGGGAUACCCGGAUGCUCUUGGAGUCUUUGCUCUUCUACCAUAAAGAGUCAUGGCUUGGGCCUCCAGCUUUGAUGCAUUCUUUAAGAAUUUUAAGAGGGAAAGCCAAAUCCUCUCUGAGGAAAACAUCAUCUUGAUUAAACACUACACUGAGACAAAUAGGCUCGAGAAAGCACUUUCUGUAAUCCACAAUGCACUGAGAGACAUCGAGAAUGCACCUCUGAACAUUGCUGUGACAGGGGAGACAGGGACAGGGAAGUCCACGUUCAUCAAUGCCCUGAGAGGUUUGGGGCAGGAAGACGUAGGUGCAGCCCCCACUGGGGUGACAGAGACAACCUUGAAAAGAAUUCCGUACCUGCACCCAAUGUUUUCCCAGGUGACACUAUGGGACCUGCCUGGCAUUGGGUCCACUUCCUUCCCACCAGAAAACUACCUAACAGAAAUGAAGUUUGGUCAAUAUGACUUCUUUAUUAUCAUCUCGGCUACACGCUUCAAAGAAAAUGAUGCCCAGCUAGCCAAAGCCAUCACCAAGAUGAAUAUGAAUUUCUACUUUGUCCGAACCAAGAUAGAUACUGACAUAGAUAAUGAACAGAAGAGUAAACCUAAGACUUUCAAUAAGGAGAAUGUCCUGACGAAAAUCCGAGGUGACUGUUCAAGACAUCUCCAGAAGACUUUCUCCAGUGAGCCUCGAAUCUUCUUAGUCUCUAGCUUUGAUUAGUCCGACUUUGACUUCCCAGAGCUGCAGAACACCCUACUGAGAGAGCUCCCAGCCCACAAGCGCCAUGUCUUCAUGCUGUCCUUAAGCAGCGUUACUGAGGCCACCAUUAACCUCAAGAGAGAUUCCCUGAAGCAGAAAGCCUUCCUAGAGGCCCUGAAGACUGGAGUACUGGCCACCAUUCCACUUGGUGGCAUGAUCAUGGAUGACAUUGAGAACCUGGAUGAAACAUUCAAUCUCUACAAGUCUUGCUUUGGCCUGGAUGAUGCCUCACUGGAAAACAUUGCCAAGAAAUUUAACACACCUGUCAAUACACUCAAGGCACGCCUUCGGUUUCCCCAUUUGUUUACACAGAAGAACAAUGAGUCCUUAGAGGACAAACUGUGGAAAUAUAUCCAUCACAUUUCUUCAGUUACUGGUGGUCCAGUCGCUACUGGCUUUUAUUUGGGUCAGGCUUACUAUUUGCAGAAUCUCUUUAUUGAUGCUGCAGCAAAUGAUGCCAUAGCUCUUCUUAAUAAGGAAGAUCUUUUAGAAAACGAGCACUGCCCCCUCCAUACAGAAAGGGCUGUGUGUGAACCAGGAACACCUCUACCAUAAAGAGUCAUGGCUUGGGCCUCAUGCAUCGAUGAAUUCUUUAAGAAUUUUAAGAGGGAAAGCCAAAUCGUCUCUGAAGAAACCAUUACCUUGAUUAAAUCCCACAUUGAGAACGGAAACCUCCAGGAAGCACUUUUUGUAAUCCACAGUGCACUGAGCGACAUCGAGAAUGCCUCCCUGAACAUUGCUGUGACAGGGGAGACAGGGUCGGGGACGUCCUCAUUCAUCAAUGCCCUGAGAGGGGUGGGGCAUGAAGAAGAAGGAGCAGCCCGCACUGGGGCGACAGAAACCACCACAGAGAGAACUCCUUAUCUACACCCAAAGCUUCCCCAGGUGACACUAUGGGACCUGCCUGGCAUUGGAUCCACUUCCUUUCCACCAGAGAAGUACCUAACAGAAAUGAAGUUUGGUGAGUAUGACUUCUUCAUUAUCAUCUCUACUUCACGCUUCAAAGAAAAUGAUGCCCAGCUAGCCAAAGCCAUCGCAAGGAUGAACAUGAAUUUCUACUUUGUCAGAGCCAAGAUAGACAGCGACAUAUAUAAUGAAAAGACGAGCAAACCUAAAGCUUUCAACGAGAAGAAAGUCCUGAAGAAUAUUCUAGAAGAAUGUUCACGUCAUCUCAAGGAGGCUCUCUCCAGUGAGCCUCCAGUCUUCUUAGUCUCUAACUUUGAUACGUCUAAGCAUGACUUCCCAAUACUGGAAAGCAAACUCCUAUUUGAUCUCCCAGCCCACAAGCGCCAUGUCUUCAUGCUGUCCUUGAGCAGUGUUACUGAGGCCACCAUUAACCUCAAGAGAGAUUCCCUGAAGCAGAAAGUCUUCCUAGAGGCCCUGAAGGCUGGAGCAUGGGCCACCAUUCCAUUUGUUGGCUUGAUCAGGGAUGAGUUAGAGGAUCUGGAUGAAACAUUCAAUCAAUUCAGGUCUUACUUUGGGCUGGAUGAUGCCUCACUGGAAGAGAUUGCAAAAGAUUUUCGCAUGCCUCUGAUUGCAUUCAAGGUGCACCUUCGGUUUCCCCAUUUGUUUGAAGAAGAUGACGAUGUGUCUUUAGGGAGAAAACUAUGGAAAUAUAUCCAGAUUAUUUCCUCAGUUAUUGGUGGUCCCAUUUCUGCUGGCUUUUAUUUCAAAAAGUCUUACUAUCUGCAGAAUCUCUUUAUUGAUGCUGCAGCAAAUGAUGCCAUAGCUCUUCUUAAUAAGGAAGCUCUUUUUGAAGAGAAGGUGGGACCUUAUGUAUCUAAGCCUCCUGAUUACUGGGAAUGACGGGAAAAAGAGACACAAGUUCCAAUCAAGUGUUUACUCUUGGCCUUGCUUUGGACACUGCCUGACAAACGAACCUUGUCUGUGGAGCUCAGAGGGCUCCUCCUUUUCCUCCCCAGGAGACAGAAGAUCACUGUGGCAAGAGCUCAGUUGUACUUUAGUAGGAAACAGUCAUCAACACUGUGUAAAAAACAAAAACAAACAAACAAAAAAACAAAAAAACCCCAAACAAACAAAAAAAAAACACUGUAAAAAAAAAGGAAAUCUCUUUUUCUUUAAAAUAGUAUGUAAAACACACAUGAAAAUAUUGAUAUAAUUCCUGAUUUUAUGGUCUAAUGACUCCUGGAUCCUUUACCCUUCUGAAAGUCUCCACACACUUCUGCAGCUCACAGCCAUUUCUGCUUUGUCUCUUUUCCUUGAGGGCAUCUGAUGCCCAACACUGUGUAGAUAAACACACCGCAGUAAGAGGUGGAAACCCCACACAAGAGUCACAUGACAGAUGGAGACUGUUGUUAUUAGCAAAGCUCCGUGCAGGAUGAGCUUGGUAAAAACAGAAGUAUAAACAUUUGUAUAGAUCCUCUUGCCUCACACAGAUAAGGAUGUCUAUUUCCUAUCCUGCACUGCCAAUCAGAGUGAAUUGAAAUUCACCCAAUGUGAUUGGCAACUGCCACUUUAAUUAUAAACUGUCUCUCCUUGUUGUAAUUUCUCUCAUAAAAAUAAAUAAAAUAAAUUAAAAAAAUCUG